CUAACUAUGCAUAUGAUUGGAUUUGUUGAUGUCUUGGAAAGAAUUAUUCCAGAUAGAGGAAAACAGGACAAGAUCUCAACUUUGCUGGACUUCUACACAAAAAGUAAAGGGAUAUUCUCAAGGGAUAUCGUAAUAAGACAUCGGACAAUGAAAUUACCCACUGACUGGUGGGCUGCCUAUGGAGUGGACCCGAACAGGAAGGAUCUAGCUCUAAAGAAGCUUGCUAUGAAGAUUCUUGGACUCACGUGUUCUGCCAGUGGUUGCGAGCGCAAUUGGAGCACGUUCGAGGCGAUUCAUACCAAGAAAAGUAAUCGCCUUGAGCUAAAAAAGCUUAACGAGUUGGUUUUCGUUCAAUACAAUAAAAAAUUGCGAGAACGAUUCAAAGUAGGAAAGAAAAGCCCGAUUUCUUUGACCCUAUCUACUUAGAUGAGUUGGAUGCAGAUAACGAGUGGCUCGUAGAGACGGAGGACCCGGUAUUUGCUGGGGAGGAGCUAACAUGGGCACAAGUUGAAGAUGCCACAUACGGAUCGACACCUGGUGAAGGUAGUACCACUCAAAGGCGAAUGAUGAGGGGAGCCGGGGGGCGAGUAGUAGUCGUCAACCCGUUGAUGAGAUUGAGGAGA